AUGAGUAAUAUUGCUUCAUCUGCGUUAGACGCAUUUUGGUCCUCAGUUAUUGAUACAAUCAACAGUCAAGAUAUCGAGUCGGAAAAUGAAACGAAUUCUGCUGAAGAAAAUAAUUCUACAAAUGAUUGUGACAGCGAUGAAGAAUUUGAGUUAAACGAUAAUCUUGUCAUGGUAAAUGAUGCUGAUAUAUCAACAUAUCGUGGAAUACGAUUAAUCGAUGAUGUUAAAAAAGAACUUUCUCAUACUUUUUUUAAAGUUAAUAUUAACAAGGAAAAUAAGUUUCUGCACAAACAAGCUGCGUGUUGGUUUUUAGAAAAGGAUAAAAGCUCAUUAUCUGCCAAUCGAUUGUCAAGAGUUGCAGGUCGUUAA